UUUGACCAAAGAUACCUGAACAUUCCUGGAGAAAACCGUGAUGUGGUAGGUGAAGUAAUAGACCCCGGUAAUAUGGCAAGUGAACUUCCCCGUGGCUACGUCGUAAUGAUUGAACUCAUUAUACAGGAUCUUAUCAAAUUUAAUGGGCACAUCUGAAGUAGGAAACUUGCUCAGUACUGUGAGCCCCACCGUGAAAGCACUCUUGGGCAAGACUGGAGUCUCGCCAAUUUUCCCUUUCUCGCCUCGGUCCCCUUUCCAGCCUCUCAUUCCCCGGACUCCUGGAUCUCCCUGGGGUCCCAAAGGUCCAGCAUCUCCCUUGGGGCCAGGCUUCCCAAUGGGGCCCACGGGGCCAGGUAGACCCAUUGGGCCCGAAGGCCCAGUGCUGCCCUUUAGCCCUUCUGGACCAGUGGGCCCCACACUGCCUUUAUCCCCCUUUUGCCCUUGAGGGCCAGUCUCUCCC